AUGAGGGGCAUCCAUAUUGUUGGCAUCAUCGUGGCACUUGCUGUCGCAGUUGCAGAAUCCCUAAAAUGUAUGCAGUGUCACUCAUGGGAAAAAUCCUGUGACAACAUCACUUCCACUGAAUGUAUUCCAGAUAGUAACAGCUGUCUCAGUUCCUUGGUCAAUUCCUCUCUAGGGGGAGAUAUCAGGUUAUACCAGAAAAUGUCCUGCUCAGCGGAGAACUGCACUGAAGAGACAAAUACUACAGCCUUCACAGUGCACGUUUCGGAUGACGGCCGCUUCCAUUUUGCAAGCCAGUGCUGCCAAGGAAAGGAGUGCGGCAAUGCCAGCAACUCCCUGGAUGCUCCAUUGAAAAACACGGUCAGCAACACAGAGUGCCCUGCUUGCCAUGGGCCUAAUGAAACUACCUGUAGCGAGACAACCCGGAAGUGUUAUAAAGAUGAACGAUGUGUCUAUCUACUUGCACAAUUCGAGAAUGACACCAUGUCCAAAAAUCUUGUGCUGAAAGGUUGCUCAGACAUCAGUAACUCCAUCUGCCAGUUUCUGAAUGGUGGAAACAAGACUCUGGGAGGUGUUAUCUUCCAAAAGUUUGAGUGUGCAAACCCCAAGUUUUCAUCGACCACCAACCACAAAGCCUCCCUCUUCUCCCUGGCCUUUGCCAGCCUCCUCCUGCUGGGACUGCUGCUCUGA